AUGAAACUAUUAUUCCGAAUUGUCAUUUUUCUUUUUCUUCUCCUAGUGUUGACAUAUGGAAAUGAUGACAUUAACAGACCGCAAGAAAAAAAAAAAAAAAAACAGUACAGAAAUAAAUUCCGUAAAUCUGGAAAAAUAUCCACGUUAAAUAAUGAACCGGGAAAAAAUUUUCUACAAAUAAAAUCGGCUCACAUUUACAACCCCUCGAUAUCAUACAGAGAUUUUUUCGACAACAAUGCAAUGGGGACAUCUACAAUUUAUUACAACCGACUAAUGUGGGGAGCCGUUAUUUUUCUAAUCAUGUUUAUAUUAGUUAGCAGCAUUGGAAUAUAUUUGUACGUAAACAAUCUGGAAAAUGGUGUACGGAAAAAAAGACAUGUCAAAAAUCCAACAAAUUAUUAUGUUAUUAAUCCUACCAUUCCUUAUGCAUAA